AGCGCAGCGGCCCUCUGGCGCCGUUCACGGACCGGCCCCAUCUCUGCAAACAGCGACGAUGACGGCGCCGCUGGAGAGCAGGUCGGGCUGGCUGUCCCUCUUCGGUUUCUUCGUUGUCGUUCGUGCGUGAGGUAGAGCUUCCCUCUUCGGCUUCGCUGGUUCAUGUGGGGUAAAGCUUCGAACGAGUCGCUUGCCAUUGCCUAUCUAGGGUUUGCUUUUCCUCUUCUGCAUUUAUUCGUUGUUGUUCUGCUUCGCGUGAAGUAGAGUUCUGAAAGAGUCGAAACUUCUCCGCCUCCUCCUCCGAAGUUGUUCCUGUCGGAUCGGAAGUCGCGCGAGGAGCUAGCCGCGAAGAUAAUUAAGCUCUUACAAAUAUCCAAUGUCGAAGAACGACGGCAAAGCAACUCAAGGAAAAAGGCAAUCAGCUCACCUUCCUAGGAAACGCUUCUACAGGGCGCGUGCUCAUAGCAACCCCCUCAGUGAUUCUCACUUCCCCAUACCAAUUAGCCCUGCUGAUGUAGAUUAUUCCUCGCAUUAUCCUCAUUUUUUGCAUUCCAGCAAGAAUGAUCCCGACGAAGAUGACUUGCUUCCCAAAAUUAGUUUUGCUGACAUUGGAUGUGGAUUUGGAGGAUUGCUUGUUAAACUUUCUCCUCUUUUCCCGGACACUCUGAUGAUCGGAAUGGAGCUCAGAGACAAGGUGUCAGAGUAUGUUAAAGAGCGAAUCUUAGCUCUCAGAGCGUCAAAUCCUGGCCAGUAUGAGAACAUCUCUGUUGUUCGAACAAACUCAAUGAAGUACCUGCCUAAUUACUUCUGCAAGGGCCAGUUAUCGAAGAUAUUCUUUCUAUUUCCUGAUCCUCAUUUCAAGGAGAAGAAUCAUCGGCGUAGGGUGAUUAGUCUUCAGCUACUUGAUGAAUACGCCUAUGUAAUGGAAGUUGGAGGCAUCAUUUAUACGAUAACUGAUGUGGAAGAGCUUGGAGAUUGGAUGAAGUUGUGCUUGGAUAGCCAUCCUCUUUUCUCUGCAAUUCUGGAAGAAGAAUUCGAAGCAGAUCCGGUUGUGAAGUUAUUGGCUUCUGCUACAGAGGAAGGUCAAAAGGUUGCGAGAAAUGGGGGCCAGACUUUUUAUGCUGUUUUCAGGCGUAUAGCACCAGAGGACCCAAUCGUGUAAUACCCGAUUUUUCAAAUAUAAAAAUUAAUAUGCCUAUGUAUGCGUAAGUCUGUUGAACUUAUUUUUUCUAUGGAAGUGUUACAAUCAUCUUAUCAGUUGAAUGAAAUACCUCAAACUAAAGAAUAAUGAAA